UCGCACCCCCACUUGGAAUUGAAUUCCCCUGCUUUUCUCCUCUGCCAUGUCAUAUGAAUAAACAAACCUAAUCAAGAAAAGCUCUGUCAGUCUCUGUCUCUCUCUCUCUCUCUCUGGUGAACAGAAAACCUCUGACCCGAUAGUUCAGUCACAAAAUCUGCAUGUGUACGUUGCUGCUUACCGCGUCCCAAAGACUCUUCCCUCCCAUCUAUCUUUAACGCUCGUUCAAGCCAAGCCAUCGUUAUUAAUAGAUCGUGCCAGAGAGAUAGAGGGGGAGAGAGAGAGAGAGAGAGAGAUCCGAGCACCCUUUUCCCAAGUUUUUCAGUUACUAGGGAACCCCUCCCCUGCUUUUGAUUAAUUCGAUCCGAGUCGAUUAAUUGGAACCCAAGUCCUCCUCUUCCGAGCCUUUACUCUCUCUUUAUAUAACGUUCCAUACAUCCUUGGCUUCUUCAUAUGCCCCCCUCAAAUCCCAGCACAAACCCAACAGAGCAGGAGGAGGAGGAGAAACAGAGAGUUCUUGAAAUUUGAAAAGCUCUGUUGAAGGAGACCGAGGCGAAAGCUCUUCUGGGUUUGAAGCGAAAUCGGCUGAAAAAAGGCUUUUGGGGAAGUGGGUAUUGGUUUGAUUGGUGUGGUUGUGUGUUACAGAAGGGGAGAGAAAUGGCCAUUCAAGCGCAGUUGUAUCCUGGGAAUAACGUUGGCGUCGGGUUGCCAACGUGGGGCUCUUCUCAAGGUUAUGCCGUUGCCGCCGACCGCAGUGGUUGUGGACACGACAAUGGCUUUUCUGGGAUGAAACAGAGAGAGCAACAGCAAUUGCAAUUGGAGCUGUUCUUGCAGCAGCAGCAGCAGCUGCAGAAUCAUGACCAGAGGAACCAUGGAAACUGGUGUUUUGACAACGCCUCGCUUGUGAUUACUGCUGAAGACGGUGCAGCCCCAAUUGCUGCUGCUGCUGCUUCUUCUUAUUCUUAUUACCAGAGCCUCCCUUUCCAACUCGAUCCGCACGGCCAAGAAAUCGACCACCUCCUUAGACUACAGAACGAGAGGUUGAGGUGGCUGGUGCACGAACAGAGCAAGCGGCAAGCCGAGUCGAUGAUGAGGAAGAUCGAAUCGAGAGUGCAGAUCUUGUUAAUGCAAAAGGAUGAAGAGAUCGCCCAAGCGGCAAGAAAAACCGCGGAGCUGGAGGAGCUCCUGAGGAAGCUGGAGGCGGAGGGCCGGGAGUGGCAAAGGGUGGCCCGAGAGAAUGAGGCCAUGGUUGCAUCGCUUAGCAACACGCUCGAGCAGCUGAAGGACAGCCCCUGUUGCAGUAGCUCGAGCUCCUGCAACAGCAAUGGAAAUGCAGGAGAAGACGAUGUGGAGUCACGCCGUCGAGGCGCGGCGAUGGCAAACGCGAAUCCAAACGGAGAGAGCGGUAAAUCGGGAACUGGCGAGAAGGGCGCCGGAAUUUGCCGGUGCUGUAACGCGAGAGAGUCGUCGGUGUUGUUCAUGCCUUGCAGGCACGUCGGAUGCUGCCCGGCGUGUGAGCCUCUUCUGGGUUCCUGUCCUGUCUGCAGAAUGGUGAAGAAAGCUAGCGAGGUGGUUUUGUUUUUCUAGGAUUUCUUUAUUUUUCUGGGCUAUAUUAUUCGUUAAUUUAUUUUAGCUUUUCAUCUUAUGUCUUGGUGAAUUCUAGAGAGCUAGGUUGAGUUUACAUUUGUGAAGAUGGUGGAGCCGGAGCUCUUUUGAAAGAUGGAUGGUGACACAUUGAUCAUUUUCUCCAUUGGGCAAUCUAAAAUUUUUUCCUUGUUCUUUUCAAACGAGUCUGAUUUUUACUUAGGUAGUUCCAAGGCAAUGUCUUUUUCGAAUUGGGGUCGUAGGACUUUUAUUGAACUGAUUGACAGUAUAAAAUUAAUAUUACAACACUGACAGAUUAUUGAAAA